UCCAUCCAAUGGGAGGAUCUUUUGGGCUGACAUGGGCGUGCCUCUUUUGAAACGGGGCGUGGUCUUUAAUAACGCCUUGCUUCCCGGCGCACGCGGCUGUUUGUAGGGAGAGUUCGUAUUCAGGUUCGGUUCGGUUCGGAGGAUCGGUAACGGUUAAAGUGCACAGGAAUCAUGGUGAACCAGAGAUCUGAGGUGAGCUGGCAGUCGUGUGACUCCAGUGGGACCAGUAACAGUGGUGAGAGCUCCAAAGAGAGCUCCAGAUGCUCCACACCGGUGCUGGACGCUGACCGCACCGACCGUCUGCGGGAAAAGAUGAAGCGCAGGAUGGAGUCCGGGGACCGCUGGUUCUCCCUGGAGUUCUUUCCUCCUCGCACCACAUCUGGAGCUGUCAAUCUUAUUUCUAGAUUUGACCGGAUGGGAUCUGGAGGUCCUCUCUUUAUUGACGUUACCUGGCAUCCCGCUGGAGAUCCGGGCUCAGAUAAAGAAACGUCUUCUAUGAUGAUAGCGAGUACGGCGGUGAAUUACUGCGGCUUGGAGAGCGUCCUGCAUCUGACGUGCUGCAAUCAGACCAAAGAUAAGAUCACGGCCCAUCUGAACAAAGCCAAGCGACUGGGCUUAAAGAACAUCAUGGCUUUGAGAGGAGAUCCUGUUGGAGAAGACUGGGUGGAGGAAGAAGGAGGUUUCAGCUAUGCUACAGAUCUGGUCAAGCACAUUCGCUCCGAAUUUGAUGACUACUUUGAUAUCUGUGUUGCUGGUUAUCCCACAGGCCAUCCGGAGGCAGAGAGCUAUGAAGAAGACCUCAGACACCUGAAGGAGAAGAUCGAUGCUGGUGCUGACUUUAUCAUCACUCAACUCUUCUUCAGAGCAGAAACCUUUCUUAAGUUUGUCAAAGACUGUCGGGCCAUUGGCAUCACCUGCCCUGUUCUUCCGGGAAUCUUCCCUAUCCAGGGCUACCACUCACUGCGUCAGCUGGUCAAACUCUCCAAACUGGAGGUACCGGAGGAGAUCAUGCAGGUGAUCGAGCCCAUCAAAGAAAACGAUGCUGCCAUCCGCAACUAUGGCAUCCAUCAGGCGGUGGAGAUGUGUAAGGUUCUGCUGGCCAGCGGUGAGGUGCCAGGCCUUCAUUUCUACACACUCAACAGAGAGGUGGCCACAAUCCAAGUUCUCAGACAGCUGGGCUUAUGGGCUGAAGAUCCACGGCGACCUCUUCCUUGGGCCAUCAGCGCUCAUCCGAAGCGAAAGGUAGAAGACGUCAGGCCCAUCUUCUGGGCUUCUCGACCCAAGAGCUACAUCUACAGAACACAGGACUGGGACGAUUUCCCCAACGGAAGAUGGGGUAACUCUUCCUCACCGGCGUUUGGAGAGCUAACAGAUUACUACCUGUUUUACCUGAAGAGUAAGUCUCCUAAAGAAGCCCUGCUGCAGAUGUGGGGUGAGGAACUAACCAGCGAGGAGAGUGUUUAUGAAGUCUUCACCAACUACAUCACCAGCCAACCCAACCCUAAUGGACACAAGGUGAUGUGUUUGCCGUGGAACGAUGACCCUUUGGCUCCGGAGACGAACCUGCUGAAGGAUGAGUUGGAGAAGGUGAACCGCAGAGGAGUUCUCACCAUUAACUCUCAGCCCAACAUCAAUGGCAAAGCCUCCUCUGAUCCCAUCGUUGGUUGGGGUCCUGAGGGUGGAUACGUCUUUCAAAAGGCGUACCUGGAGUUCUUCACAUCAAGUGAAAAUGUUACAGCACUUCUGAACGUUCUGAAGAAAUAUGAACCCCGUGUCAAUUAUCAUAUAGUCAAUGUGCAGGGCAGGAAUAUUACAAAUGCACACGAAAUGCAGCCCAACGCUGUGACGUGGGGAAUAUUUCCAGGCCGAGAGAUUAUUCAACCCACUGUGGUGGAUCCGGUCAGCUUCAUGUACUGGAAGGACGAGGCCUUCGCGCUGUGGAUUGAGCAGUGGGCAAAGCUGUACGAGGACGAAUCGCCCUCACGUAUGAUCAUUAAGUACAUUCAUGAUAACUACUACCUGGUCAAUCUGGUGGACAAUGACUUCCCGCUGGACAAUUGUCUGUGGCAGGUGAUUGAAGACAUGUUUCAGCUCUUGGACACCCCUUCAGUAGUUCAGGACGAGGACAGCAGACUCUAGCAUCACACACAACACAGAGACAUUUCAACACACACAUACACACACAGAGACAUUUACUGUACCCGCAGUAUUUAACUCAUUUAACUUAUAGAGGAAAAAUAUGUUAUUACCAAAAGUGUAGCAAUAUAACUUUAAUUCCCGCAAGAAAAAAAACGCCUGGACGGUGGCUAUUUUGAGUGCCAUGUCCUUUAUUUUUAACAUAGUUUUAAACUAUUUAAGGAGGGAAGUUUGGAUAGUGCAUAUGUAAUGCAGUCGGUAACACUACUACAGUACAUAUGAGUGCACAAAAACAUGAUCUUGGUCAUAUUUGAUAUGAAAAUCAAAAGAAAAAUAUUUUAUAUUUUUACAUAAAGAAAAUGAGGCCAAGGGAGCAUUAAGAUUUUUUUGGGGAUUGUGAAAAUAUUUUAAGUCACACAGUUUUCCCUUAAAUCUUCAUUAUUGUAAUGUGCCUGCAUGUUGUCAGAUUAAAAUCAGAGUAAAUAAAUUGCCAUAGCAAUUUAAUUUAUACUUUACCAUUUGAUACAAAUACAUGUAUUUUCUUAUGAAUUACAAUAAUGGGGAUUGGGUGAAAACUGGGUGAACAAUAGAAAUCAUUUCAAUGGUCCAAAGUGUAUUCAUUAUUAUAUUGAAUGCAGAAUGACACUUUAUAUUUGAUUUUGAGGAUUCAUAUGACAGGGACAUGUGCUUAACAUGUUAUAUAUCAUUCACCUGCACAGACUUUUGAUUUAAGAGAACUGGUUGGGCAUUUGGCCAUUAUCAUGACAUGUAGCCAUGAAAGUUUUUGUUUAUUUGUCUUUUUUCCACGCGGCCUUUAUUUUAUUGAACUAUUACAUCAGUCUGAUCAUGCUGGCACUAUAAAGCUGAAUAAACAACAGUGCUGUAAUGUUAA